CCAGGGUGACCGUCCCACAGGGGACAGGGUGCUGCCAGUGCCCACCAGCAGCAGGAAUCUCAUCCCCAUCCCAAGCCGUGGCAGGAGCUGGAGCGUCAGUGCCCCGUGACCAUGUGCCACCUCCCCCUGCGUCACUGUCACCGCUCCGGCACAGGAUGUGGCUCCUCACAGGCUCGGCCGGGAGCUCUCCAGCAGCUUUUCCUGACCACUCUCACGGUUUUGGAGCACCUUGGGAACUCAGGUGCCUUCCCAGCUGCCAUCCAACCCCAGUGCUGUCCUGGCAACCCCCUCGAGAUCCUCCAGGGCCCAAAACAAGACACCAUCCACACCCUGAGGAGAAACUGAGCUGGAAGCCACAAGGGACAGGAUCCCAAACAUCAGUGCAGUGAUCCCAAGUCAAAGGAAGGUCACAAGGGGACAGCAAUCAACCAUCCAGGCAUGUCCUGUCAAGCGGACUGGCGGGCAGCGAGGUGGCCUGGAACGAGAGCCAGCACUGCCGGCUGCUGGUGCCCGAGCAGCUGCAGCUGUGCCGCCGGCACCUGGAGGCGAUGCCCAGCGUUGUCCGCGCCGCCCGCCGGACGCAGCAGCUGUGCCAGCAGAGCUUUGCCGACAUGCGCUGGAACUGCUCCUCCAUCCAGCGUGCCCCCGGCUUCGGCCCCGACCUGCUCACAGGAACGCGGGAAGCCGCCUUCGUGCACGCCCUGGCAGCGGCGGCCGUGGCGCAGAGCAUCGCCCGCUCCUGCGCCUCCGGGGAGCUCCCGCGCUGCUCCUGCGGCCCCGCGCCCGCCGAGCCCCCAGCCCCCGCCUCCCGCUGGGGCGGCUGCGGCGACAACCUGAGCCACGGGCUGCAGCUCGGCGCCGCCUUCACCGACGGCUCCGCCAGAGCCGCCGCCGCGCCCGGGCUCCGCGCCGUGAACCGGCACAACGGAGCCGUGGGACGGGCGGUGCUCAGUGACUCCCUGGAUACCAGGUGUAAAUGCCACGGGGUUUCAGGCUCCUGCUCAGUGAAGACCUGCUGGAAAGGGCUGCCAGACCUGGGUGAAAUUGCCUCUGACCUCAAAUCCAGGUACCUGGCAGCCCUCAAGGUGACCCAUCGGCUUGUGGGGCCCAGGAAGCAGCUGAUCCCCAAGGAAGGGGAUGCCCGGCCAGUGACAGAGAUGGAUCUGGUUUAUCUCAUCAGCUCUCCGGACUACUGCACCCCAAACCCCCAGCUGGGUUCUCUGGGGACACAGGACAGGCCGUGCAACAGGAGCUCAGUGGGCAGUGACAGCUGUGACCUGCUGUGCUGUGGCCGUGGCUACAACACCUACACGGAGGAGGUGCAGGAGCGCUGCCACUGCCGCUACCGCUGGUGCUGCUCCGUGGUGUGCCGGCGCUGCCGCCGCAGCCUGGACAGACACGUCUGCAAGUGAGCAGGAGAACCCCCUCUGCACCCACCAGGCACGGCUGGACACCAGGAGCCCGUCCCAAGGGAUGCCCCAGCAAGGAGGAGCUGUGCAGGAAGACUGGUUGUUCAUGGAAAGCCUCACACUGAGAGAUUUUGGGAAUUUUCGGUGCCUUCCAACCCAGACCUCGGGGCAGGACAAAGAGCUGCCCUCCUGCAGCUGGUCAGUGGCCAGCCCUUUGUCUCCAGCUGGGAAAAGCCAUUGAUCAUUCCACAAACCCCUUUCUCUGGGGGAAACAGGGACCCUGGGCUGCCAUUGUCCCUUUGCAGGAGGAUUCUGACAGCUCCUGAAAGCCCGGAGUGAUAGAUGGAAGGGGGUAGAGUUAUCCACAGGGAGAAGCUGCACGGAUGGAACGCUGCUGCUUUGGGUGAGGGGGUCAUGGGCAGAUCCCUUGGGACAGGAUUCUGCUGUGGGCUCAUCCAGGGCAGGACACUGCUCCAGGGCCCUUUGCAGCAUCCCAGUGCAUGCAUGGAGAUGGUGCUGCUCUUGUUGAUGGCAGAGACAUCAGGGACAGGAGAGCUCUUGGAGGCUGCCAAAACUGGGCAGCCUGGCAAACCCACGCCUGACCAUGUCUUAACAGCCCAGCCAUGGCAUCACUGGUUCUGUCCCCACAUCAGAGGUGGGAGCACACUCAAUACAUUAAAUUCUCAUGGCUUGUCCUUCCUGCCCCUCCUUCUGGCCCACUGAGGUCUUCAGCCCACUCCUACCACCAUUCAGGACUAGGUGUGUUGGAAUUCUGGCCUGGAGAGUGGACACAACUCCAGGGUCUUGGGGAAGCAAGAAAUAACCUUUAUUUUUUGUACUUCCUGUAAGUGGGAUUCUAGUUUGUGUUUUUAAAUAAAUGUCAUAACUUUCUG